UGUAAGCGUAACAGGGUCGAUUCUAACUUGACAUUGUCUAAAGAAAGCCUGUUACUGAAAUACUGUUUGUUUGUUGACUUGUAAAACUUGAAUUAGUUUGGUCUUUAUUCUAAUGCUUGCAUAUCAUUUGCUGUUUAUUUUAACUUGUUCCAUCUGAUAAUUGCUGGUAUAGGCUGUUAUUGUGAUUUAAAAGGAUUAUGUUGUACACUAAUAUAACAAGUAUAAAUCAUUUCUUUAUCACUGGAUUUCCUGGACUUUCUCUGGAGCACUAUGGGAUUGUGUCGUGCCUGCUUCUUGUGCUCUUCUUGGCGAUAGUGUUUGGAAAUAUGUUUCUUUUAGUGUUUGUUAAAUGUGAAAGCUCUCUUCACAGACCCACAUAUCUUAUCUUUUGCCACUUGGCAUUAACUGACUUAACAUUUGGAACUGUUACUUUGCCAAAGAUUAUCUCUAAAUAUUGGUUUGAUGACAGCAUUAUUUCAUUUUAUGGCUGCUUUGCACAGAUGUACUUUAUUCAUCUUAUAGGUGCAGCUCAUUCUUUUAUCCUGAUGGUGAUGGCUCUCGAUCGCUCUAUCGCAAUUUAUGCUCCUCUGCGUUACACUGUCCUUUUCACAAACACAUCUGCGUCUGUGCUUUGUGUUAUAUCCUGGUUACUGCCAACAUCAUGGAUGGUGGGAGUAGUAUUAGAUGCUCUUUCACUCCCUUACUGUAACUCAAACAUCAUUGUACAGUGCUAUUGUGAUCAUAUAGCAAUAACAUCACUGGGAUGUGAGAACGUACGAGACGUUCACAUAGUUGCAUUUGGUCUUGCCAUGUUCAGUCUGUUGGUGCCUCUUGGUUUUAUCAUCAUAUCAUAUUUUAUCAUCAUUGUUGCUGUGAUGAGAAUCUCGAGCGCUCAGAGCCGCAUCAAGACUUUGUCGACCUGCACGCCGCAGCUUCUCAUCACGUUCCUGUAUUAUAUGCCAAGGUGCUUCGUAUACCUGGCUAAUAAUGUGGGAUUCACUUUCAGUGUUCCUGUUCGCAUUGUUGUUGUAAUGCUUUACAGUUUGUUACCUGCCGCUGUCAACCCCAUAAUAUACUGUUUCAAAACAAAGGCUAUCAAAGACAGCUUGAAAAGGAAAUUCUUAGUUAGGAAGGUUAACAUCAGAACAAAAACAUGAUUAGCAAAAUGUUUGAAAGAGUAACGAUUUAUUUAAUACGGUUCCGAGGAGCAAUGUGCGAUGAAGCCAAGUGAUAUGUUACAAUGUGCUUUGUUUGCUGUUUCAAAGGUUUCACAGUCCAGUGAUUUUAGAGU